AUGUCGUUCCCCGGCACGCAUCCACAUCCAAGUUCUACUACCGAACAUCCGCGUCAAGACCCGGAUCAACGCCGGAACUCCACAGACUCGGAUGUGAUCCAUCAUCUCUAUUUUGAAGACAACGACGGCUUCUUCCCACCAAGCUGGAUCGGGAAAGACUCACAGCAGAGACCCUCCACCGAAAAGUCGGGUGGCAACAACCUCGAGGGCACUAGGGACACUAGCACUAGUGCCUACAAGGAAAGAAAAUGA